AUGGAUCACACUCUGAAGAUGCUUCAUGACGUGAUAGCGAGGUCAAUGCAACAACCUCAGGUGCAACCUCAGCCACUUAUGCCACCACAACCUACAGUGUCUACACCGAUGUUACCAUUACUAACUGCCAUGAAGAAUAUGAAGACACCACAUUUUGAAGGCGGGACAGAUCCAUUUCAAGCCGACCAGUGGCUUCGAACUAUGGAGAAAAACUUUGAGACCCUGACAUGUUCUGAAGAGUCUAAGAAGAAAAUGGCAGUAUAUUACUUAGACAAAGACGCAACAGAAUGGUGGGAGAGUAGGGAUCACCAAGUGGGACAUCUGGUCACCACUUGGGCGGCAUUCAAACAAGAAUUUGAACGCAAGUACUUCACUCCUGAAUCCAAGCGAAGGCUUCAACGCCAGUUUGCAAACUUGGUACAAGGAGAUAAGACGAGUCUCACCGAGCUAGUGGAAAAGGCUGUGAAUGUGGAGAUCGGGUUGGAAGCUGAGAAGGCGGCAAGUAAGAAAUUCAAGCAGCAUCAAGAAGGAAAAUAUGGUGGAAACCAAAGAUCUUUUAAGGGUAAAGAUAAGGAAAAGGAAUCAGGAGGGCCAAGUCGACGAUCUCUGUUCACAGGAAAAUGCUUUAACUGUGGCAAGACAGGCCAUAAGUCAAGUGAAUGCUUCGGAAAGAAACAUGGAUCCUUUCAGUCAAACUCAUACAAUCCUACAUGCUACACGUGUGGAAAGAAAGGACACAUCUCUACCCAGUGUAGUGUCAAUCAUCCUAUCCCAGCUACGCCAAUCACUGUCCAUCCUCCUCCACCUCCACCUCUACCUGCAAUCACACCAGCACCAAAAAGUCAAGCUAUAGGAGGCAGAGUUUACGCUUUAGAACUAGAGGAUACUAAACCUCCAGGCCCAUCUAAGGGUCCCAUCACAGGAACCUUACAUGUUGCGGGGCGUCCCACACAUGUAUUGUUCGACUCGGGGGCAACACAUAGCUUUGUGGCCCCUGAGGUAGCUGCCGAGUUUGUGGGUUCAUUUCUGAUUGACAGGAUGGAUGUGGCUGUGAUGACUCCCGGAGACCAAACCCUCCAAGCAAAAGAAUGCCUCAGAAGAGUUCCGUUAGUCAUUUGCGAGAAGAUGUUCUUGGCAGAUUUGUUGGUGGUGCCCUUAAAGGGAUAUGAGGUUAUCCUGGGCAUGGAUUGGUUAUCAGGCUAUCGGGCACAAUUAGAUUGUGGAAAAGGUCGUAUUUUGUUCAAGGAUAACGGGCAACGACAAAUAGUGUUUUACGGGAUCAGUCCAAGCAAGUCUGUGUCUUUAGUAGCUGCCUUGAGAGUGGAAGAUUUGCUUAAGGAUGGAGAAGCGUAUCUGGUAACAGUAACUGCUAGUGGAGGACCCGCCAGCAAUAGAGUUGAAAUUACGGAUAUUGCGGUAGUACAAGAGUUUGAGGAUGUGUUCUCAGCGUUGAAAGAGUUACCUCCACCUCGAAGUAACCCUUUCACAAUUAUCUUGGAACCUGAAGCGAAGCCGAUAGCAAAGGAUCCCUACCGCAUGGCACCUGCAGAGUUAGCUUAG